AUGGCGCUAGAACAUGUUUGUGAAAAGACGUUUUGCAGCCAAGAGUUUGAGCUGACGAUCAAUUGGGAUGAUUUAGUUUGUCCCAUCUGUUUGGAUUCCCCUCACAACGGCGUGCUUCUCCAGUGUUCGUCUUACGGAAACGGAUGCCGCGCUUUCGUCUGCAACACAGAUCACCUUCACUCCAACUGUUUGGAUCGGUUCAUCACCGCCUGCGGUACAGAGUCGCCGCCUCCAGCUCCUCCUGAGGAGCCUCGUUCAAAGGUUCUUGAAGAGAAUUGCAAACCGGUGUGUCCACUGUGUAGAGGGGAAGUCACUGGGUGGCUUGUUGUGGAGGAAGCUCGUCUUCGUCUCGAUGAGAAGAAACGCUGCUGUGAGGAAGAACGGUGCAGGUUCAUGGGGAAUUACACCGAGCUUCGCGAACACGCUCAGUCAGAGCAUCCAGAUUCUCGUCCCUCGAAGAUCGACCCGGCGCGGAAGCUCGACUGGGAAAAUUUUCAGCAGUCGUCUGAGAUCAUCGACGUGUUGAGCACAAUUCACUCGGAGGUUCCGAGAGGAGUGGUGUUAGGGGACUAUGUGAUCGAGUAUGGAGAUGAUGACACAGGAGACGAGUUCGAGGAUGUUCACGCUAAUGAAGGAAACUGGUGGACAUCUUGUAUCCUUUAUAAAAUGUUUGACAAUAUAAGGAACGCGAGGAAUCGGAGGAGGAGAUCAAGAAUGAGCGAGAGCAGGAGAGGGAGUCGCCGCUCUAGCUAUGAUAACUCCAACUCCGACGACAGCUCGGUAGCAUCGAUAGAGUUCCCAGAGUAUAGAGUAGAUGAGAUCGAUGAUGAGUUCAUCAGCAGCACAAGUGGAGCCAACAGAAGUAGCUCUAUACAUCAAAGUUUAGGAAGGCGUCGAUCUCGCUUCUAUGAAAAUUAG